AUAGCCUGCUGCUUUCUUCAUGUCUGUCUACAAGAGUCUGAUGCCUGCAGAAAACCUCUGCCUUCCCUAUAAAGAGCAGCACUAGGAUCCAGGGGACAUCAGGCAGUAAGUGAGAUGUCUGCUCAGCUCCACCCUCAGCCCCAUCACAUUGGAGCGUUCACCCUUUGCUGCACUCCAUCCAUGCAUUUCCCUUCUUUUUGGAAUCUGGACACACUGCUAGGUGUGUGUGUUCCCUGCUGAAUGUUGAUCUCCUGGGCUGAGGUCUCAUUGCUGGUGGACCCUGCUGCAUAGAGAUGCCAGGAUCCUUAGCUGUGCUGGGGAGGAAUGUACACAGUCUGCUGCAGCAGUCAUACAAGAAAGCCUCCCUCUGCAAACUGGAAAUCGAAUUCUUACUUCCUCCCCAGACUUUGGCAGCAGACUCUUAUCCCUUCCCUGCCUGCAGCGACCACGUAUGAACAAUGCGUGAUCCCAGCCCAGAGCUGAAGUUUCAUUGCUGACUCCUAAUAAUCAGAAUUCACCAUCUCCAUCCCAUCAGCAGAAGCUCCGACGCAUUAUUCCCCGUGCAAUGCCCUGCCUUGGAAUGGAUAUCCAAGCCUUAGACAACUAAAGAUGGGAAACUGAAGCAGAGAAAACUGAAAAAAAGCAGAUGUUAAAUAUCUGAUAUUAUUUGGACUUCAACAACAGAAAGAAAAACCACAAAGAAGAACAAUACUUGACAAAUAAAACAAAGCCAAGCUAAAAAAUCUGAAUGCUUUUCUUCAACGUGUCAGACUUUUUAAUUGUUGACAACUGGAAAAUGAAUUAAUGGUGCUAACCCCUCUACGCAUAAACUUGUUGGCAGCCACUCAAGACGUGACUCAUAACACAGCAAGCAAAUGUGGCAUUUGUGCUCAACAGAUAUUUAAGUGAGCAAGUAUGUAUACACUUCACAAAGCCUCAGUAUGUUACUAUUGUACUGUUCCGGCUUAUAACAAAGUAUCCAUAGCAAUCACAGGCUUUCUAAAAUCUCUAACCUGCGCCAUGUAUAUGGCUUAUUGUAUUCCAGGACUACAAACAUAAUCAUUACGCUCCAACAAAAGCCAUCAAAAAAGGAAAUCUCUGAUAUGAAUUUUCCAACAUAUCUUAAAACCUAAUAUCCAAGGAGUCCAAAGGUUACUGAAAACGGCAGAAGAAAAUAAAAAGAUGUGUCAUUGAUAAUACCCAAAUGGAACAUGGCUCCAAAUGUUGUAGGACACUCUAUUUUUGCAAUGUUUUUUAUUUUUCUGUCACCGGUCAGUUGUAGCAAUUAUACCGACAACUGGAUGCCACUGAAAGCUGAUAUCACUCCAUAUAACAGAUUGUUUCAUGUUACUGCUAGUUUCAAGCAAAAGAACAAUCCUUCACAUCCAAGAUUAUUUUUUGAUAGUGUAGACGUUCAAGGACUGAGGCAAAAGUCCCACACCACUCAUCUACAUCUAUUCAGAGCCAUUAGAAAUGCAGUUAACAAGAUGCUGGCUAAUCCAUCUUACUUCUUGCCCCCUCUGAAGCAUGCUGAUUUUGCAGCAAAAUGGAAUGAGAUUUAUGGGAAUAAUUUGCCACCGUUGGCUUUAUAUUGUCUGUUGUUUCCAGAUGAUAAAACUGCAUUUAAUUUUGCACUGGAAUAUAUGGACCGAAUGGUCAAUUACAAAGACUGGCUGGUUCAGAAUGCUCCCGGUGAUGAGGUACCACUUGCACACUCUUUGACAGGAUUUGCCACAGCUUUUGACUUUUUAUAUCGGUUUAUGGACAGUGAUAGAAAACAAAAGUAUUUGGAGAAAAUUGAGACUGUUAGUGAUGAAAUGUAUGAAUGUUCCAAAGUUCGUGCUUGGGGAAAACAAUUUCUUCACAACCACCAAACCACAAAUAUGCUUGCACUGCUUACAGGGGCACUAGUUAUAGAAGAGCACAGAUCAAAACAAGCGAAUAUAUGGAAACAAACUGUUGUUGAUGUGAUGGAAAAAACAAUGUUCCUCCUGAAUCAUGUCGUAGAUGGAUCUCUCGAUGAAGGAGUUGCGUAUGGUAGCUAUACAGCAAAAUCAGUUACGCAAUAUGUUUUCUUAGCAAAACGUCAUUUUGGCAUGAAUCAUUUUGACAACAACUGGCUGAGAAUGCACUUCUGGUUUUACUAUUCUACUUUGUUGCCGGGUUAUCAAAGAACAGUUGGAAUAGCAGAUUCUAAUUACAAUUGGUUUUAUGGACCAGAGAGCCAGUUGGUAUUUCUUGACACAUUCAUUUUGAAGAAUGGAACUGGAAACUGGUUAGCCAGUCAGAUCAGAAAACACAGACCAAAAGAUGGUCCGAUGGUACAAUCCACAGCACAAAGGUGGAGCACACUUCACACAGAAUAUUUGUGGUAUAAUCCUGAACUUACCUCCCAUCCUCCAGUUGAACUUGACAUACCAAAAAUGCAUGUGUUUCCUAAUUGGGGAGUAGUGACUUAUGGUGCUGGCUUGCCUAUCUCCCAAACUAAUACAUUUCUUUCAUUUAAAUCUGGAAAGCUUGGUGGUCGAGCAGUGUACGAUAUAGUCCACUUUCAGCCAUAUUCCUGGAUAGAUGGGUGGAGGAGUUUCAAUCCUGGUCAUGAACAUCCUGAUCAAAAUUCUUUUACGUUUGCUCCUAAUGGACAAGUUUUUGUUUCAGAAGCUCUCUAUGGACCAAAACUAAGUCAUUUAAAUAAUAUUUUAGUGUUUGCUCCUUCUCCUACAAGUUGGUGCAAUAAACCAUGGGAAGGUCAACUUGGUGAAUGCUCACAGUGGCUAAAAUGGACUACAAAUGAAUCUGGAGAUGCAUCUGGUGAGGUUAUUACAGCAAGUCAACAAGGGGAGGCAAUGUUUGUAAGUGGUGAAGCAGUGUCUGCCUACGCCUCUUCCAUGAGAUUGAAAAGUGUUUACCGUUGCUUGCUGCUUAUGAAUCACCAGACACUACUUGUAGUCGAUCAUAUUGAAAAGCACGAAGAUUCUCCAUUGUCUCUAGUCAGUGCCUUUUUCCAUAAUCUAGAUAUCGAUUUUAAGUAUGUCCCGUUUAGGUUUCUUAACAAAUUUAAUGGUGCUAUGAUGGAUAUAUGGGAUGCCCAUUACAAAAUGAUUUGGAUAGACCAAAAUGGUAAUAGUCCAGUAGGCAGGAUUCAGGAAGCUGAGCAGACAGCAGAGUUCAAGAAGCGUUGGACACAAUUUGUAAAUGUUACCUUUCGGUUAAACCAAAAAAUCUCAAGGAUUGCUUACAUAUUUAAUGGCCCAUAUGUUAAUGUGUCAGAUCUGAAAUUUCUAGAUAAUAACAAGUAUGGUGUUAAAAUAUCUGUUAAAGUUAAUAAUACAGAAAAUAUAGCAUCUAUAGUGACAGACUAUAAUGAUCUUGAAGUCCGAUUCAAUUUUCUUGGCUUUGGGGGAUAUGCAAAGUUAGAAGAUUUAAACAGAAUAGUUCGAUUUGGCUUGGGCACUGAGCAUAUUAAGAAAGCAACUAGAUUAAUUAGUAUGAAUAUAUUUCACUUUGGGCUCAAAGUCAAUUUGGUUAUAGGCUUAAUAUUGUGUGCAGGCUUGGGAAUUUUAGCAUUUCAUUGGAGAUUUUAUAUUCCCUUUGGUAAGUUGAUGCGUUGGAUCUUGGUAUUGAUUAUAACACUGUGGAUAUUUGAAUUAAUAGAUGUAUGGACAGCGUGUACUCAACCUAUCUGUUCAAAGUGGAGCAGUGAGGGAGCAGAUACAGAGGGUAUUAAGAAAAGUGAAGUUCACUCUGAUCUACCUACUGUAGUAAUUACAUCUCUACCAGGUUCAGGAGCUGACAUUUUAAAGCAACUCUUUUUCAACACUUCAGAUUUUGUUUAUAUUAAGGUUCCUACAUCUUACAUCGACAUUCCAGAAGCUGAAUACAAAAUCGAUUCAUUUUUGGAUCCAUGUGAAUGGACAAGCUCUGAUGUGGUGGAUGGACAUUUUCAGCUUAUUCAGGGUUGGCUUCAGUCUUUGCUUCAGAACACAAAACUUCAUUUACAGAAUAUUGAUUUACAAGAACCCAUAAAACCUAGGCUUUUUCAUCAUUUAAUAGUUAAUAAGGAGAAAAAGAGGCGAUAUAAAAGAAGAGACCCAUUCUCUGAACAAAGAACGAGAUAUAGAGGAUAUUAUGACAGAGACGCUGACUAUGUUAGACAACUUCGCAAACAUCUAACAUUGUUUCCCAAUGCUCAGCCAGUUCUUGGUUUAGGCAGUGGUAGCUGGACUUUAAAGCUUCCGUUCAUUGAAAAAAUUAUUGGACCUCAGUUAAGGGCAUUACUUAUUGUGAGAGACCCACGUGCUUGGGUUUAUUCAAUGUUGUAUAAAAGCAAUCCAAGUCUGUUCUCCUUGAGGAAUGUUGACCAGCGCUUAUCAGCAAUGUUCAAAGAUGAAGAAAAGCAGAAAUGUUGGUCAAAUGCUGGCUAUGCUUCUGAAUAUGACUUACUAAAAGAAGAGCUUGCUAAUCCUAAAUCACAUGCUCUGACAAAACUUUCCCAUGUAUGGCUUGCCAAUACUGCAGCAGCUAUUAGAAUAAAUAACGAUUUGCAAUCAAAAAGUUACCUUCUGGUUAAAUUUGAGGACAUUGUAAACUUCCCUGAAGAAACUACUCAGAAAAUGUAUAGUUUUUUUGGCAUUCCUCUUUCUCCUGCAAGUUUAAAUCAAAUAAUGUUUGCAAGUUACACUAACUUAUUUUAUCUUCCUCAUGAAGGGGAAAUUUCACCUGCAAAUAUAAACACAUGGAAGUCAAAUAUGCCUAGAGAAGAUAUUGCAUUGAUUGAGGACAUAUGCUGGACACAAAUGGAUAAACUUGGAUAUGCAAGAUUUAGAGACUAAGCAAAAUAUUAACACUAUAAGUAAUGGUUUUGAGAAUACUAGCCCUAUAUGCUGCAGGUCAGCAAUUAUUUGCACUAGAUAUUGUAUCUUACUAUUCCUUAUG